AUGAAGAUAGCCUCCCUUCCUCUUGGACUCGCCGUCAUUGUCUUCGUUGCUGCUCAAGCUACCGACCCUAUGGCCGCCAACGGUGCCCAAACCACGUACCAGUGGGCCGAACAAAAAGUAGAACACAAUGACCUUGUUUACCAGCUCGAGGAGACCUACAGCCAGAUACCCGAGCUCGAGUUCCGUGCCCUGUUCCUUUCUUGUCCUGAGCAGAAGGUCGACAUCGAGGCCGCCGCGGCCGCCGACGGAGGAAAGCUCAAUGCCAAGUUUACCUGCGCGGCCGGCUUCAAAAUAAAUCAAGCAGCUCUUCAGGAAGUCAUCAAGGCGCUCAAAACGAUCUCAAUCCCGGGUGUUAUGCCCAUCAGCGCAUUUAUGGACAAAAUCGCUGGACUCUCUGCCACUUCCCAGAAUGUUAGCCCGUCGAACAUGGGUGGUACAGUCCUGGUUAUUGACUCCGUUCUCUCGAUGCUCAACGUCAUUGCCGGCCGGACUCCCGCCAUCCCACAAGCGCUGAAGAACAUCAAGGAACGCCUUGCCAGUAUGCACACGUGUUCAACUGUUGCCCCUGCGUCAAUCGAGCAGGCUUCUUGCUUCGAGAUUGCGGACCUCUACCGUUCUAUCGUCGCCGAUGUCCAGGCCAACGUUCCUGUUAUCCCUGCCAACGCCUCGGAGGACCUUCAGCGCUACUCUGCCGGCGCUCAGGCCAUCCUCCAGAUCAUCUCCAAGAACUCCAUUGCCGCCAAGAACGAGGCACUUCUGGCAUCUCGUCCCAUCUUUGCCGCCGAGCUCUUGGACGUGUACAUGGUAGAGAUAGUCCGUGCCGGUGCCAAAGAUGAUGUCCAGAACUACGCCAUUAACUCCCUCUCCUUUGUGAUCGGUUCCUCGAACGCCUUGGAGGCAUGCUUGCGCAUUGCUGCUGACCCUGCUGCUGCCGUCGAGGACCUUAACGAUGAGUUGGAUGCUCUUGAGGACGAGGAUGAGUAUGAUGAGGAUGAUGAGCCCGAAGCCGCCGACGCAGCCGAACCUCAGACUGAAACCCUCGCUGCCUAA